AGCUCUCCUCAUCUCCAGCUUCUCAUUGGCCAGGCCAGGCUGCAGUGAGGCUGCAACACAGUCAGUAGGGGACCUCUCCACUCCCUCAGCUAUAAAAAGGCAAUGUCCAGUUCUGUGUGCUUCAUUCCCUGCAGACUUCAAACCCAGCCACAGUGAGAUUUGGGACCCUGCGUUGAAAAUGUCUGACUUAGAGAACUCCAUGGUAGCCAUCAUAGAUGUGUUUCACAAGUAUUCGGGAAAGGAGGGAGACAAGCACAAGCUGAAGAAGAGUGAACUGAAGGAUCUGAUCAACAACGAGUUAGCAAGCUUUCUAGGGCAAAUCAAAGACCAGGCGACGAUGGACAGUUUAAUGGAGAGCCUGGACACUGACACUGACUCAGAAUGUGACUUUCAGGAGUUCAUGACCUUCAUCGCCAUGGUGACCAUCGGCUGCCAUGAGUUCUUUGAGCAACAUGAAGACGAGUAACAAAUCUACCCACCGUGUGUAUAUCUAUAUAUAUCUAUAUAUAUAUAUAUAUAUAUAUAUAUAUAUAUAUAUAUAUAUAUAUAUAUAUCAUUCUAGUUAAAAUGCACUGCAGACUUGUAACCCUUUCACCUGCCUUAACCUGUAUAGGCUACAAACCUGUUGAUGAUGGUUAAUAGAUGGCAAUGCCUUUGGAACUGGUUUGAACCAUGGCUUGCUGGUGCUGUUAUGCUUUAAAAUUGUUGUUUUUAAUUUCUGUGGUGUUUACAGCGACAUAAUGUCUUAAAAUCUUUCCAGUUUGCGAUCAAUAAGCAAAAAAUAAAUUUAAAAAAUCAAACCCUGUAGGGAUUGGACUGUACAUAUUUCUAAAUCUUUAACAAAUGCAGUCCUUCUAAAAAAGAAACAUUUGUAUGAAAAGCCAGGCCAUCACACAUAGCUGACGUGACAUGUGAUAUUUAUGAAUGCUUUGGAGUUGGUGUUGGGAAAGUUUAAAAAUGCUAUUUUCCCCUGCCUUUAAGUCACGUGUAGAAUUAGUGAGACUCUUCUUUAAUCUGAUGGUUUAUUUUCUAAUGUUGCUGACCGCCUUUGCCAAUAAAUAGAAACCUUUUUUUUGUUGA